AUGUCACCAGUCCUUGCCGAGUCUACGGGCAUAAGCCUGUCAGACUCCCAGGAUUCUGUUCAGGAGAAGAAGACCGCUGUCACUGUCGCUACUGGGGACCCGUCAAAAGACAGUGAGAAUGACAUUAGCGGCCAAGAUGAAAGCGACAAUGAGAAUGCAAUUAUAGUUACUGGUGCAGAUGCCUCUCUGCAUUUGCUACCACUACGAGAUGACUUUGACAGUGUUUUGACUUUUCGAAGUAUCCUCCUGGCCUCCGGUCUGGCUUGUUUCCAGGCUGUGAUGUAUCAGAUUUAUCAAUUUAAACCUACUGCCAUCACUAUCCAAGGAACCUUCAUCGUCCUCAUCGCUUACUUCUUGGGAAAUGCCUGGGCGAAGUUCCUCCCCCGCGGCGAUAAGUACGAGGCUCGCUGGAGGGAAACAGGUGGCCACGGACAAUUGCCCUUGUGGAUUAGAGCUCUCAAGGUUCUCAAUAAUGGAGAAUGGAGUCUAAAGGAGCAUUCAAUUUGUGCAAUCACUGCAACCUCGGCCUCAAAUGCUGCUGCAUCCACGACAGUCUUUGCGGCGCAAGAUCUUUUCUACAACGUUCCCCUUAGUGCGACUACUGUCAUUUUGAGCACUAUCUCUAUUGGUCUGUUUGGGUAUGGUCUCUGCGGGAUUAUGCGUCCCAUCGCUGUGUGGCACGUUGAGGCUGUUUACUGGAGUACUUUGCCGACUGUAAAGACCCUCCAGGGUCUUCAUUGGCAACAAGUGAAGAACUCAAAGCCACUCAGAUACUUCUGGUAUGCCUUCUCAGGAAUGGCUAUCUAUGAGGUUAUUCCUGCCUACAUCUUUCCGUGGCUGAAUUCUGUCUCUAUUCCGUGUCUGGCCGCACAAAAGGCAACCGGUAGCAAGGGCGCCGUACUCAACAAUAUCUUCGGUGGCUCUACCACAAAUCAGGGCCUCGGUCUCUUUUCUCUUUCUUUCGAUUGGCAGUAUAUCACGUCCUUUCAAACAUCCCUCCCUUUCAAGCUGCAGCUUCACCAGGCCAUAGGUAUUGGCAGCUGUUUCAUUGUCAUGAUCGGAAUAUAUUAUGGAAAUGGUUGGAAUGCGCAGUCGCUGCCUUUCAUGUCAACGAAGUUGCACAUGGCCAACGGUACCACCUACCCGACAACGGAAGUAUUCCCCGGUGGUAUUCUUGACGAAGCCAAGUUGUUUGAAUUCGGUUUGCCGAAGCUUACAGGAACAUUUGCCUUUGCCCUGUUUAUGGCAAAUGCUGCAAUCGGCGCUCUAAUUGUUCAUUGUAUUCUCUUCUGGGGCAAGGACAUUAAAAAGGCAUACCAAAGUGCCAGACAAGGAAGAUAUGACGACCGCCAUCAUACGUACAUGAUGAACCACUACAAGGAAGUACCGUGGUGGUGGUAUGCUUUGAUUCUUGUGGGCAGCUUUGUCCUAGGUAUCAUUGUGGUCACAAAAGAGCACGUUACUCUGCCUGUGUGGGCAUACGUGGUUGCCUUAAUUGUUGGAAUCAUCAUUUCACCUUUCAGUACCAUCCUGUAUUCCCGUUAUGGCAAUGGAAUCGCUACCAACAACCUGUCAAAGAUGUUAGCAGGGCUCAUGAUCCCUGGACGUCCAGUCGGCAACAUGUAUUUUGCUGCUUGGUCGCACAAUGUUAUUAGCAAUGCAGUCAAUCUGUCAAAUGAUCUGAAGAUGGGUGAAUAUCUCAAAAUCCCUCCCCGAAUUAUGUUCAUCACCCAAAUCUACGGCACAAUUCUUGGUGGCUUCAUCAACUACGCCAUUAUGAUUUCCAUCGUGUCAAGUAACCGAGAACUUCUCACCGAGGGCAACGGAAAUGCCUCCUGGAGUGGUGCGACUAUUCAAGCUUUCAACAGCAAUGCAACGUCGUGGGCUCUUGCGUCAUAUCUAUACAGGUCUGGACGUCAGUACUCCAUGGUACCUAUUGGCAUAGCCAUUGGCGGAGCAGCUGUAAUUGCUCAUCGCAUCUUUUAUCAGUUUGUACCAAAGAUUGGGAAAUUUGAUAUCGCAGAGAUCAACAUGGCACAAUUCAUUCAAUAUGCUGGAUACAUCCCAUAUAACCAAAGUCAGACCUGUGUGCUCUUCAGUUGGAUUCUCAGCGGCAUGUAUGUUCAGUACUAUCUCCGGAACUACAAGCCCCGCGUCUUCAAGGAUUAUUCAUACCUCAUCACUGGUGCAUUUGAUGGUGCCAGUCUGACAAUUCUCUUCAUUCUUUCAUUCGCUGUCUUUGGAGCUGGUGGAAUAUCCCAUCCAUUCCCAACGUGGUGGGGGAAUAAUGACCAAGGCAACUACGAUUGGUGUCCGGUGGAGUAG